AAAAGAUCCAGUAUCAGUGGUGUGGUUACCCUUUUUGUUGACUCCAACCCGUUGUCCGUUUUUUGUCACAUGGGAAAUUUUGGGUGUGGAGAUGGAGGAUGGACGCCAGUCAUGAAGAUUGACGGCAGAAAGGUACAUACGGUUUUAAAAUAAUUCAUUUCCUGUAUAAACUCGGUCUCUUUCAAAACGUUGCAAGUUAAAAACGUUCGUUUUACAUAUGUAUGCCUUUUGUUUUUCUCCAAGUUGGAAUUGCACAAAGAACAGACUUUGUACCACUUAAAUUUCAAGACUUAUUGUGUGUAGUGACUGUUGAAAAAGAAAAGUUAAAAAAAAGGUAUAAAAUAUAUCCUAACAUAUUUGUCUCUAGUAUCACGUAUCAGCUAGAUAAGAAAUACAAUCAUUGAUAUCGUAAAUCGGUUAAAAUGCUAUUUGGAACGAAGAACAUAUCUUAUCUGAGUUAAAGUUCCACACUAAUUGAGGGUUAUGUAGAUACCUCCUUGAUUUAAAUAGCAUUCAUUGUUUAUCUCCUGAACAGCAGCAGUGGGGGUGGAGGAGGAUAUGUAGAGGAGGAUUUUUGGAGGACAAUAGAAAAUUUAAUUCAAUUCCUCAAUGAGGAGGGAUCGUGGAUCAUAGGAAUAUUACAGAGUGUUAUCGGGGGAUCAGGUUACUUUUAUCGCGACACAACCACACUCCAUUUUAUUUUCUAUAUACAAAGAGAUCCCAAUUUAUUUUAAGAAUAACGACGUCUAUCAACCCUCAUUCACUUCACAAAUGAUUAACAUUUCUAUGACUCUUAAUUGGUGUACACAUGGAAACACAGGAAAACUACUCAUAAUCAAAAUGUCAAGCACUGAUCUACGGCGCCGUGUUCGCGUUGGACAAAAAAAUGACCUUAGUCUUCAUAACACAACGUUGUAAAUACCAAGGUCAAUUCUGGGGUAAAACACAUGACUAAGGAAUCUAUAAAUGCAGAUACACGACAGGGCGUAAACAGCAAAUAGCCAUCAAUUCGGAGAAAAUAAAAAAAAAGAUUUGUUCCUCUAUUUCAGACCACCUUCCAUUAUGACGCACAUUAUUGGAUAAAUUACGAUGAAUUCAACCUUCUCGGUGGAGAGACUGGGUUUGACGAACAAGAAUCAAAACUAUCCACCUUUUGGAACACCUCCUUCUCCAGGAUCUGUCUCGGAAUGAAGAUCAACCAACAACUUAGGUUUUUUGUCGUCCAAAAGCUGGCUGACUCUCUGCACUCACUAAUUGCUGAUGGCCAAUACCGAAACACCUCUCUGGGCCGUGACGAGUGGAAAACGUUGAUUGGCAGCAACGCCUCUUUACAGCCCAACUGUAACAAGGAAGGAUUCAAUGCCUUUAGUGGUCGAAGUUAUCGCUCUAAAGCCAGAAUUGGUAUUGUUAGCAAUGACCAGAACGACUGCGACUCAUGCAACUCUUUGAUUGGAUUUGGUACAGGAAGUUAUCCAAAAGGCGCAAAAUCUUGCGGAAACGAGGCACUCCAAGAUAGAGGGAGGAGUAUCAAAGCCAUGGGAUAUAUAUUGGUGCAAUAA